AUGAUCGCCUCCCAAAUUUCGAAUACUGCUCUAGACGACAACGCCUCGAGCAUACACUCGUGGCUAACGUCCCUACCCAGCGAUCUUACCACCUUUUCCGACAUUACCACCGCGUCGAUACAUACUAACCCUAGGGGAAUUACGCCGGAGCCUUUGUCGUCAGCACUUAGGUGCCAUAGCUACCACCACCUUCAGCAGCAACACAGCUCGGAGAUACCGCAGCUCGCCGGCACGAAACGCAGGCAUAGCGAGAUUCACUUGCACAGCACAAAGUCGCCAGAUAUAACGGCAAGCUUCGCGUCGCAGUCUACGCCGUCAGAUACAACGGCCCUUCCAAGCCGUAAUAAGAAGAAGACGAUACGCGAGAAGAACCGAAGAGCUGCGACCAAGUAUCGCAACAAGACGAAGUGUGAAAUUACAAAGCUUCAGGAGACAGAGAAACAGCUCUCUAAGAAGAACAAUAUCCUAAACGCCCACGUCAAGGAAUUACGCGAUACGACCCUCGUUCUCAAGACGGAGAUCCUGCGGCAUGGCACUUGCAAGGACCAGGUCAUUCAUGAUUACAUCUUGAGGAAGGCUAGGGAGUUAAGUCUAGAUUAG